AUGGUCAACGCUCUGACUAUCCUGGCUCUUGCCAGCCCUGCCUUCGCCGGUGUGAUGCAGGCUCGUGGUGCUGACUACAUCCACCCCUCCUCUGCUGUCGGUGAAUGGGUCCCCGUCGAGGGCGGCCACUCUUCGUGGUCUACUCCUUGCACCACUUCGACCACCGCGACCUCGACUCACUCGACUCACUCGACUCACUCGACCAGCACCAAGCCCACUACCACCCCGUGCACCACGUCGACUACUACUCACUCGACUAGCACCAAGCACACCACCACCCCGUGCACCACGUCGACUACUGCUCACUCGACCAGCACCAAGCCUUCUCACACUCCCGUGAAGCCUGGCCCUACCACCAAGACUAUCACCAUUGUGACUACGACCUGCCCUGUCACCUCGUCCACUGUCACUGAGGGUACCUCCACCUUCACUAUCCCGGUUACCCGCACCAGCACCAUCACCCUGACCAAGACCACUGUCUGCACUCUGUGUGAGGAGAAGCCCGUCACCUUCCUCAACUCCACUGUCCCUGUUACCAAGCCUACCUCUGUCCCUGUCGUGCCCCCCGCUGAGUCCAGCGUCCCGGCCAAGCAGCCCUCUGCUCAGCCCUCUGCCCAGCCCUCUGCUCAGCCCUCUGCCCAGCCCCCUGCCCAGCCCUCUGCCCAGCCCUCUGCCAAUCCUGCCAGUCCUGCCGAGUCUGCCAAGCCUGCCGAGUCCGCUAAGCCUGCCGAGUCUGCUAAGCCUGCCGAGUCUGCUAAGCCUGCCGAGUCUGCUAAGCCUGCCGAGUCCGCUGCUCAGCCCCCCACUUCUCAGCCCCAGGCCAGCUCUUCCAGCGUGCCCUUCACUGGUGCCGCCUCCAACGUCAAGCCCGCUGCCGGUCUCCUGGCCGGUAUUGUCGGCAUGAUGGCUCUUCUGUAA